GCCAACCUACCGCUUCACCGCCGUGAAGGGCAUUCCUCAAAUAACAUGCUGUCCACACUCGGCCGACAGUGCAUGCGCUCGGCGUCUUCUCGCCUGUCGGUGUCGCCUUCACCAACCGUUUCGCGCCUGAUUUCCCGGAAGGAAAGACCACGGUGGUCCGGCCGCGUUGUACUUGUAAACUCCCGGAAUUUGACAACGCAAGCAACACCGACCCAACCCACAGCAAGAAAACUCUCUGCUGAAGCAAGUUCCGAAAUUCAGACCUUGCUCAACCAUAUAAAGGAACUUCAGGUGUCAAUUGGAGAACGGGAUGCUGCUUGGCUUGGAAGAAUUGGAGUCGAUUUCGACAGCUGUUUUAGAAUAACUGUUGUCGGCGAGCGACAUGUUGGUACAUCGGCGCUGGUGAAUGCACUGGUUGAGAACCCACUCAAAGAAUCGAUAGAAUCCUCGAAUGCCGGUAUUAGAAGGAUCAGCUAUGGUUCAAAGGUGGAACAAGUGGCCGGUGCAACGGGCGGAUAUGUGGAUGUCAAAUGUCCGGCUGAUUGGCUAUUGAGGAACAAUGUGGAAGUUUUUGAGCUGCCUGGCCUCGACUGCAUCGAUAAGCAUCGCAUAGAGGAUGUCAUAUACCGCACCGAUCUCAUCAUUCUGGCCACGGACGUAAAUAGGCGGUUGACGAGUCCUUCCGAGGUUCAGUUUCUGGAAAACUUUUAUGCGAAUGGCAAAGGAGGGUUGGUUGUGGCCGUGGAUGGGCUAGAUCAAGAAAGCAAGGAUAAAUUGGAGGUUCUUGAAGAAGUGAGAUCACGGCUGAGAACUUUGGCAGGCUCCAAUGAGGGACCCCGAGUAUCAUCCGUGGUGCCCGUCUCGACUCGGAAAGCGCGAGCCGCACAGCAACUAUUGAAAGACAAAAAGCCACCAGCAACGUUUGCGGAACAGUGGAGCGCAUCUGGCCUGCAAGACUUGAAGUCUACUGUGAUUUCACGACUAGAUACCCCAGCGGAUCGGGGCGCGCAUAAAAUGCGGGCAGCAGCUUUCACUGCGCGAAGGGCAUUGAAUAGACUGGCGGACAGCCAGAAUGCAACCGAACGGGCGCUCAAUCAAGCGCGGGAGGAACUGAAGCAUUUAGCGACGCGCAUUGUCGAGACAGAAAAGCGUUUGGUACGGGAUUUUGAGACUCGUGAUCUUGCCGCGGUUCAGUACAGUGUCUCGUCGCUCUCGGACGCUAUUCACGAGUAUUUCGACAAAGUCAAGUUUUGGAAGCUUUUCUGGAGAAGCGACUUCGUGUCCGAUGACCUCAAAUCCAAGAUGCGAGAAAAUUCGUUGCUGCAGGCCGAGUAUCAAAUGGUAUAUGCCAUUGGAAAGUUGAACGAAGGGUUGUACGGUCUUUACCAGAGGGUUGGAGAGUCGCUCGAGCGUUUGCUCGACCUAGCCUCUAUAGAUGUAUCCGCUGGUGUUGCGCGAUCCCUUCAGCAAGACAUUUCACGCAUUGGUCAAGUCCUUGCACAACAAACCCCUCCCGCACCCGGAAGCGAAGUGGAUCCAUUCUUCCUUCGCAAUGAGAUUGCCAAGUUUGAUGAAACGCGACAUUGCGAUGAUCUGCAAUCAAGUGCGGAAAAGCUAGUGCGACGACAAAUUGGAUAUCAAUUGGUGGUGUAUGUCUCUGGACUUUUGGGUGUGCAUUUGGGUGUCCCUAUAGCGGUCAUGGUUCCUUCUGCCCUUGGGGCUAGUGCGGGUGGGUUUGGGUGGAUGAAGGUACGGUGGGGCAUGCUCGAAGGACGGUUUUGGGGGAAAGUCAGUCAAGGGCACAAGACGCUGAAGGAUAAUCUCAUGACGGCUUAUGACAAAGAAUUCAAGCGCGUUGUCGCUGAGCCUUUGGUGUCCGUCAUCAAGUUGCUAGAAGACGCGAUUGAAGCGCGACGGAAGGAGGUCCACGAUAACAAGAAGCAGCUGGAAGAUGUCUUGACAAAAGUGCGAGAAGUGGAGAGGAAGGUCUGACUUGAACAGUUUCUGUGAUUUGGAUACUUUUUUUUGCUAUAUUAUCAAAUUAGACUUCUUCCUCAAACUCUAUGAUAUACACUGUCCCCUUUUCUUGGUUUUCAAGCAGGGACCAAGAACAGCGCUUGUCUCCACCAAAAUAGACAAUCGCAUACGUCGCUCCAUCGCUCGCCUCUUUAGAGCUUGGACGAGGGAGAGACCUCACCAAUCAACAACUUUGGUC